AUGAACAUCGCUGCGCCGCUGCGGGUGAGCGCCAGCGCUCUGUUGCUCACCGCGGUGUUGGCUAGCAGGGCGCACGCUCAUGGCGACGCCGCGGGCGCGACCGUGGACAUGGACACGGCCUUGGGCGAGGCCAGCCACGAGCAAUCCGCAUCUCAAUAUGCGCCGACGUACUUUGCUCACCCAGGCCACGUCGGAGUCAUUUACGCUCACAUCGCUCUCAUGGUACUUGCGUGGGUCUUUGUGCUUCCCAUCGCCGUCAUGCUCUCUCUCGCCAAGUCGCGGUAUACCAUCGCCUCUCAGCUCUUGUUCUCCAUCACAAACGCAGUCGGCAUUGUCUUUUCAGUCAUUUACAACGCCAACACGCCAGACCUGUACCCCAACAAUGCCCACCACAAAAUUGGAUGGAUCGUCACGUCCGUCGUCUCGGCCCAAGUCUUUCUCGGUCUGGUGGGCCGCCUUGCCGGCGCGGUGACAAUUCGCCACUCCUGGAAGUCGCCCGAGUCUUUGGCCUUCAUGCGCCUUUCGACCGAGUUGCCUGAUGAUGAGUAUCGCAUGUCCAACGACAGCGGGCAGGGCACCGAGCCCAACACCGAAUCGCUGCGCAGCAAUUCCCUGUCCACUCUCGAUGGUGUCGGGGACGACGAGCAUGACCUUCCUCUGCACGCUCGGCGCAAGGAAUACCAGCACGACAACGAGCUGGCCGACAGCUCUCCGUCUCCUGACGCCACCAGCUGGGCAGCCACCAGGGCCACACGGGUCAUGUCGUCCAGUGCGUGGCGCUACUUCGACUUCAUUGCGUUGACCACUGGCAUCAUUACUUUUGGCCGCUUCUUUGAAGGAGCCGGCGUUUUCAGCGGAUUGGCUCACUGGAUCAAGGGAGGCGUCUUCUUCUGGCUUGGGCUCUUCACUCUGGGCCGCUGGUCCGGCAGCUUCGGCGAGCUUGGCUGGGCCUGGAAUGUGCGACCUCGCGCGCGGCACCACCAGAGGAGCAAGUGGCGCCCGUCUGCUGAGUUCGUCGAGAGCGCUCUAAUCCUGUUGUACGGCUCCACAAACAUCUUUCUCGAGCACCUCGGUGGCUGGGGCGGCGAGUGGUCGGCUCAGGACUUGGAGCACAUGGCCAUCACUGUCCUCUUUAUCGGUGGCGGACUGUGCGGGAUUCUCGUUGAAUCGACGCGCAUCCGCGAUCUCUUGAACACAACCGUGACCGACGCUGCGCCGGCAGACACGUUUCCCGACGAGGAGCGCGAGCUGCGAAGCCCACCGACCGCGCAAUGGGGCAAUCUCCUCCUCGGCGCUUCCUUUGCCCGCGCUCUGACGUACGUUCUCGUCUACCUGCGCCCGCCCAAGUCGGUGUUGCCUUCCCGGCCUCCUACCGAGCUCUUGGCGUCCUUCGGGCUCAUUGCAGGCGGUAUCGUCUUCAUGGCGAGUAGUUCGGACACGGUCGACGGCAUGAUUCACUAUGACCUGGACGUAAUGUUCAUGUACACGGUGACGAUGGGACUCGUGGGCAUGCUCAUGGCGUGGGAAGUAGUGGUACUCGCCAUCAAAGGCUGGGCUACCCGUAAGGAGAGGCAAACUGCCCCUCGCUGUGCUUAUGCUUAA